AUGCAUGAUGCCACUGACGCCAAUCAAUCGCCCAAUUAUGAUGGUGCGGAGGAAAUAUCGAGCGGCAAGUCAGUCGAAGGAGGAUCUCUGGAUGAACCCGCUUGGUCUGCAGAUGUAUUGAAGCAGCAAAUUGUCCAAACUUCAAAAACAAAAUUGGAUCGACGAUUGAUAGAGUUUCUGAGAAUGGCUUCACCCGAAGAGAUGCGCUCUUAUGAAGAAAGUCGUCAUAAUCUUUUAAAGAUUGUCCAGCAAGCGCAAAGCGCCCAUGACAAUCGAUAUCCAGACAAAUCACGCCAAGGCAUGCUGGGGCGCAUUAAGAAUGGCUGCCAGAAAGUUAGCGAAGUUGCAUACCCGUAUACGCAGAUCAUGGAUGUAUUUGCCAGUCAAGCACCAGAGUAUGUUGGAUUGGUAUAUGGUGCUGUCAAGUUACUUCUAGUGGCCCAGAUCAACCAUGCGGAGCUGAAGGAGAAGGUAAAAGAAAACAUGGAGAUCAUCAAAACGAAAUUCGAGAUCAUGGGCCACCUCACAAGCUAUCACCCAACAGAGCAAUUGGUCCAAGCGCUUGGGAGAUUCUAUGACUGCUUCCAAAGAUUCGUCGCCAAAGCUUUGAAAUUUUAUUGCAGGAGUCGCAUCAAGAAUGCCUUUAAAGCGUUCACCAAGCCUUGGGCUCAACUGGAACCUAUUGUUCAGUCCAUAGACCAGGUCUACAGCGAAGUGCGCGAUAUCAUUCACUUUUCGACCCAUUUUACUGGUCAAACAGUCCUCACAAAAGUCUCGCAAAUUCUGGAUUUCAUGACAGAAAACACGAUUAGGUUUUCCAAGACGAGCGAUUUCGAAGAGACCUGCCACCUUUUCCAACAGCGGGUCGAUGCUAAAAUGGAGGAACACGGCGCGGAUGGUACACUCGUGGAUACAGCCAAGGAUUCUAGACCCUCGCCAGAGCCUCACAGCAUGGAAGACAGUUUGGCCAUGCUAUUUACUGAUCUCAAUAAACUUGAGGAUACGCGGACGCAGAAAUUGAAAAUGGAGGAACAACGCCCGGAAAUGCAUCAAUAUCGUUCCACAAAGCGCAAUAUACUGAAAGUGGAUCAUGUCAUGGAUUGGGUUGAAGCACAAUCCUCGCAGCUUCUGUGGGUGGACGGGAACAAUUCUCUUCGUCGAGAGACGUUCAGCGCCUCGUUUGUCGCGCCAGUGUUACUUUUGGGAGAGAAUCACUUUGACACGAGUAUUGUGCUGCGACAUUUCUGCGGUGAUAGCCAUGGGACCAGCGCCAGUAACUAUCCAGCACUGAUUCAGUCCCUGCUCACUCAGUUAUUCAAGCAGCGUGCUGAACUUUGGUCGAAUGCUUCUUGUUCCCUUGACCGAGAGAGUGCGAGCAAUAUUCGCGUGUUGUGGAAGGUUUUGGUUGAUUCUCUUCAAAAUGCUCAAGUGCCAUGUGUAUUCAUCGUCAUUGACAGCAUCGACAGUCUAGCUUCACAGAAAACCGCGGAUGGCGUGGAGGAGCGCGACUUUAUUAUCGAAGCGUUAAACACUUUGGUUAAACAGUCCACUUUACUUGUCAAAGUGUUGCUCACAGCAUCGCUUUCCCAUACCUCUCAGUUUGCAGGAACGGACAAUGCGUUGACGUUGGGUACUCUUUCAUAUGCCGUUCAAUCCCAGAAUUCAAGGAAACUUUCCAACGCCAUCACGGAGGAAUACUUGAUGCCAGUUUCGCAUAAAUUUGUCGAAAUCCAAGAGCGCAGAUGCAAAAGUGUCCGCUUUACCCAGCUUCCCUUGCUUUACCAGAUCAACUCCACAAUUUAUUGCUGGAAAGAUAAAGUCCUACAAGCAUUUGUUGUGUCUGAGCUUUCCGGGAUGGACCCGGGCCGAUUUGGUACAUAUGGACCACUUGUUCUUCGGGUUUGGGCUGUCGAUCAUAAUGGCAAGACUUUUGUCAGGCGAUUCUACGACUUUCGAAUUCACUUCUUUGCUCGUGAGAUCGACAUCGUUGAUCUGAGUUACAUACCUGCUGGCUAUCUGGCGGAUGAAAGUCAGCAUCGCAUGCAGCUGAUUCGGCGGGGUCGGCGUUAUUGGAAGCUAGGUAGUGCUGUUCAUUUCAUGGAACAUAAGUCAAGCGAACAGCCGGAACGUGUCGUCAUUGAUCAAACUCUUCGACCCUCAGGGAAUCAUGACCUUUCAAAACUGGACGUCGAGUUAAGGACGAUCUUGGAUACCAAUCUAAAGCCAUUUGUGGCACUUACAUGUCCGCCUACCAUCUCGGGCUACGAUUUAACUGACAACACAUGGAAGGAAAUCGAUGUGUUGGCAAUCCAAGAUGUACAGUUCCAGCGCAAAGGCGAAGAAAUCUUCGAAGACAUUCUCCUUCCGGACGACUCGAAAUACAUACUUCGUGGAAUGAUUGGUAGAUAUCGAGACUCGAUGCCCAUCUCUGACGAGUCUGUUCUGGUAAUGCUUCACGGAGGGCCAGGCGUUGGCAAGACAUUCACAGUCAAAUUGGCCGCAGAGUACACCCGGCGGCCGCUGAUCAGUAUCUCCGUGGCAGAUAUCUUCAAGACGGGGCAGGACGGGCCAAGGAGAGUGAGGGGUAUCCUGAAAAUGGCCAGCCAUUGGAAUGCCCUAGUCUCUCUGGAGAAUGUCGAGCUUUUGUCCGAAGAAGAGACCAAGCAAGACUCGCCACAACAUGCGAACGUCUUAUCGAUUAUUCAAAUUCUUGAAAGACAUCACGGUCUUGUGUUUCUGAUCACAGAUCGAAUUGGAGCCGUGAAUAUGAAUCUUAUUACUCGCACGGCGUUGGCAAUCAAUCUUCCGCCGCUGGAUGAAAGUUCCCAGAUCAAAAUUCUCCAUAGUCUGGCAGCGUCUCACAAUGGAGUUAUUCGAGAAGGAAUUCAAGCCGUCGCCUCUGGAUGGCGUUCCUGGAAAACUACCCGAGGGAUGAACGGCUGGCAAAUACAACGGGGUGUGACCGCCGCAUUGGAACUAUCAAGGAACGAAGAAAAUCCGUUCGACUUGAAGCUACUGGAGAAAACCUUCUCAUCGCAGGUGCAGUUUCAGUCUUACCUAUGGACUCUCGGUCGCGGAGAUUCCGACGCCGCGCUUCAGAGAAAUCACCGGAAUGACAGGUUUGUUGUCGCUGGCGAUCCCUUGUUUGGAGUCGGUAAAAAGUGA